AUGGUUGCUAUCGAUAUUCUCAAGUUCCCGACCUCUUCUCCAGCAGAUACUACACCGCUCGAAAGAUUAUUAGCGGCUGGAUAUGAUGCUUCUCAGAUCCUGGCCGUCAUUGGCAAGACAGAAGGCAAUGGCUGUGUCAAUGACUUUUCCCGAACUCUGGCAUCAACGGUUUGGGAGCCCAAGAUCCCUAAAGACGCUGUGACCAUCUUUUCGGGCGGCACGGAAGGCGUUCUAUGUCCUCAUGUCACCUUCAUUCUGCGAGCGCACAAGAACUCGCCCACGGGACUAUCAGCUUCGGUAGGACGCACCAGAGAACUCUCUCCUCAUGAGAUUGGGACGGUGGACCAUGCGCAAGAGGUCGCUCAGACUGUAGCAAGACUCAUCAACGAUAUUGGUGUGGCAGUAGAACAGGUCCAGCUUGUCCUCAUCAAAUGCCCAUUACUCACAUCGACGAAGCUGGAGAUGAUCCGCGCAGAAGGCCGACAACCAAUCACUACCGACACUUACGAAUCUAUGGCCAAGUCAAGAUACGCGAGUGCGAUUGGUAUUGCAAGGGCAUUGGGUGAAUUGGAAGAAUCCCAGAUUUCUGAUUCCCUAAAGUCUGAGAACUCCUGGAGCGCAAAAGCCAGUUGUAGUAGCGGAGCUGAGCUCGACGACUGUCACAUCUUCAUACUGGCCUCCAACACCAACGUAUCAGGAAAAUUACACUUAAGGGCUGUCUCAAAGCCAAUGCAAGACGCCAUCGAUGCUGCCGCUCUCCUUGACUUAUUAUCCCAAGUUCGGAAAGACGAUGGCGAGGUGGUGCAAGUAUUUACAAAAGCAGAAGCCGAUCCGCGAGGCCAGGUACGAGGCAAUCGACAUACCAUGAACACGGACAGCGACUUGCACAGCACUCGCCAUGCUAGAGCCGCGGUCGGAGGACUAAUUGCAGGACUCGUUGGGGAUACCCAGAUAUAUGUAUCAGGGGGAGCGGAGGGUCAAGGGCCUCCCGGGGGUGGCAGUUUGUGUCUUGUCUACAGGAAGCCGUACAACCUAUGA